AUGACGUGCGCAGUGAUGUAUGGACUUGUCAUUCCGGGGCUGCUGCUUUACCUGAUCCUCAAGCAGCACAGGGCCUUGGAGCCCAGCAGGCGCUUCGUCGGACACGCAGAGGAGAAAGGUGAUUUGGUGAAGGUGAGGGUGGAGCCCUUGUGGCGAACGGGGGCGGAGCUUGCAGAGGAGCAGGAGUCAUCGAAGCAUCUCAUGGCUGCGGCUGCGGCACAUUGUGUGCUCUUUUCAGGGCGUGUGCGCCUGCAGCUUCAGAAGAGCCAGGUGAUCCUCCAAUCAGUAGAGUCAAAGAGGGAGCAGGACAACGCAGUCUUCGAUGUGACCUCGGCAACCUUGGACGCCGCCUUUGGAGGUACGAGGGAUGCAGACAUGCGGCGCUGCCAGUCGAUGACAAGGAUGUUGACGGAACGCUGCGUCCUGAAAGAAGUAGCUCAUUCGGACAGAGUUCUGGCCGGGGCUAAGGAGCUGCUGUUCAAAUAUGCGAUGAUUCGUGACGUGUGGUUCGAAGUUGCCAUGAAGCUCGUGGCUGUCAUCCUGGUUGCCGUAGCCUCCACCGAGAGCGGCCUCAAGCUGACUUUGUGCUUCACGCUCGCGACGGCCAUUGCCGUUGGCAUUCUGCAGCCCUACAGACAGCGCCAGGUGAACGACCUGCAGUGCUUCUGCUUCAUUUGCUCCCUGACAUGUCCAAGAGCAGACUGUAGAGCAACGUUUUGA